AUGGUAAAUACUGAUAGUUCGACUAUUCUAGUAGGAAAAGGGCCUCCAACUCGCAAUAAAAUGCGAUCCAAUUCCAUUUGGGGGGGGAAAGGCGAUAUAUAUUUCGGUUUUGGGCCGCCACAAAAAAUUUUGUUGAAAGAUAAUAAACAAAUAAUUGCUAAUACUGACACUGGCCAAGCAGACAAGAGUACCGCUUCAACGCCAAAUGAAAAAGGUGACAGCAAGAACAGCCGAAUUAAAUUGGCGCAAAAAGCAAGGCUGAUUGGUAAAUUAGUAACUGCUGUAACUCCAAAUAAUGAACAAAACAAGCAAAUAUGUGCCAACUGGUGGGGGUAUACAUGUUCGGAUAACGAAAGCGAAGAGGGAUCGGCCAGGUUGCAUUCAAAUGCCAACUCUGAAACCUUCACUUUACCAAAUCCAUCCGAUUGUAGGUUUUUUAUGAGUAGGAAUCGCAAGUAUAAUGAGAUUGUCACUUCGCAUACACAAAUUGCCCAAACUCUGGCAAAUAUUGACAAGGAUAUAGAUGUAUAUAGGCAAACAUGUGACUACAAAUUUGAUGCAAUGAGUUAUUGCACGAAUUAUGGGCUGGAAUCCCCUUUCAUAAACGAGUUUCAGGGGGGUUUUAUUAAUGAUCACAAGGCGAGAACGCCUUCUUCCCUUUGGAUUGAAUAUCUUAGACUUGGUAAUUCCAGUGAUAUUUGA